AUGGACGGCCAGAGCUCGCCUCACAACGGCGGUGGUUCUCAACGUCGCAAACUCGUCAAGAACCCUCCCUCAUCACGCCGGAAUACUCGUUCCUCGGCCGGCUUCGACGCCCAAUCGACCGACAGCCAGAGCAGCUCCCACAGCCUGACCCGUGUUCCCAGCGCCCCCCCUGUUCGAUCCUCUGUUUCCAACGCGUCCAACACCAGCUCAUCUUCUCGACACCCAUCCGUCACACAGUGGCCGACGAAUGUGUCGCCCGGCCUCCAAUCGGGAGACUUCACUUCAUCAUCUACCCUUGGCAACCCCUACCCCGCCACCCUCCCCUUUCGCUCGAGCCGCGACUUCGACCCUCAGAUCCGUCGCCUCAGCCACGAUCCAUCCGAAGAAUUCGUCGGCGCGCCCUUUGACGGCGCCGCCAUCCUGAGCCGCAUCGAGGCCACCAAGAUCCCCCCCUCGGCCCGUCGAACCUCAUUCCAGCAUCAGCCAAGCACGCCUCUGUCGCCUGCCAAAGCCGGCACGCGCUCUCAGUACUCCAGCCCUACCAUCCAACCAUCGCCGAGGUUCAGCAACAUGGAUUCGUCCGUCGCCGAGAAGGCCCAGGGCGGGAAACCGCACGAGAACCAGGUCGUCAGCCCAAAGCGAUUCUCCGACGAAGUCAAGGAGCCCAAGCCUGGCAUCCUGCGCAAAAAGUCAGGCUUCUCCGCCAUCGUCAACAGCUUGGUCGGGUCGCAGAAGAAGCCGGUGAUAUCGGCGCCGGAAAAUCCGGUCCACGUAACGCACGUCGGCUAUGAUAGCAUGUCGGGUCAAUUUACCGGUCUGCCGAAGGAAUGGCAGCGUUUGAUCAACGAGAGCGGAAUUCCCGAGAAGGAGAGACGGGAGAACCCCCAGACGAUGGUUGACAUUCUUCAGUUCUACAAGGAGUCGCAAGAAAGGCCAGCCGAAGAUCAGAUUUUGGAAAAGUUCCAUCAUGUCGGAUCACCGGACCCCAGGGGAUACACGUCCCCUACUUCGAAUCCGACAUCGCCCGCCAUGUACCCGACAAACUAUUUGGGAAGCUUUGAGAACCCCCGACCCCCGCCCCCCGUCCCGACCGGUAGAAGUCAAGGGCUGGGAAUCAGCACCAAGGAUAUGAUGCCUAGCCGACCAGCACCCAAACCUCCGGUCAGCAUGAACAACAGGUCCUAUCCACCAAAGGCGUUCACUGCCAAGGAUUCGGGAAUUGGUAUGCCGCAGCCGGUGGACGAUAGCAUCUAUGGCCCGCUCAAGGACAACACCCCUAUGCUCCCCGAGGAGCACCGGUCCCGGUCCAACUCCCGAGCAAACGGACAAGCCCCCUUCAGUCCGCCACCGCCUCCGAUGAACCCGGCAACCCAGGCGGUCGCUUUCCAGCAGCAGUUGAUGCAACAGCAGCAAGACCAGGCCAUCGCCCAGGCGCAGGCUGCCAUGUCCGGUCACGUCGGUCGCGCCCCCAGCAAGAGGCAACCGCCCCAGCAAGUAGUCGUCCCCAACCCUCACCACGGUCAAGGGUACACGCGGACGGCGGAAGCGAAUGGACACCCUGGAACUGCACGCCCGCAACAAAACCCCGGUGGUGUUCCUGCCGCUAGACCGAGACAUCGACAGAGACACAGCAACGGCAUCGACGUCGUCGCCUCCCUCAAGCGCAUCUGCAAUGACGGCGAUCCUCGGGAGGUCUUUCGAGGCUUUACCAAGAUCGGCCAAGGCGCGUCUGGUGGUGUGUUCACUGGGUACGAACGAGGAACGAACCGGCUCGUGGCCAUCAAGCAGAUGAAUUUGGAGCAACAGCCCAAGAAAGAUCUCAUCAUCAACGAAAUCCUGGUGAUGAAGGAUAGUUCGCACCCGAACAUUGUCAACUUCAUCGACAGCUACCUCUGCGGCGGCGAACUGUGGGUGGUCAUGGAGUUCAUGGAAGGGGGUAGCCUGACGGAUGUCGUCACUUUCAACAUCAUGACCGAGGGCCAGAUUGCGUCCGUCUGCCGAGAAACGCUCAAGGGGCUGCAGCAUCUGCACUCCAAGGGCGUCAUCCAUCGCGACAUCAAGUCUGACAACAUUCUGCUGUCCAACGAGGGCAGCAUAAAGCUGACUGAUUUCGGCUUCUGCGCAACGAUCAAUGAUGCGCAGAACAAGCGCACCACCAUGGUCGGAACUCCAUACUGGAUGGCACCCGAGGUCGUCACCAGAAAGGAAUACGGUCGCAAGGUGGACAUAUGGUCCCUCGGAAUCAUGGCGAUUGAGAUGGUGGAAGGAGAGCCGCCGUAUCUGACGGAAUCACCCCUCCGGGCUCUCUGGUUGAUAGCGACGAACGGGACGCCGAUGAUCAAGAAUGAGCACGAUUUGUCUCACCCGUUCAGGGACUUCCUUCACUUUGCCCUGAAGGUCGAUCCCGAGAAGCGGGCGAGUGCUCAUGAUUUGCUGAGGCACGACUUUAUGAAACAGUGCGUUGAUUUAGCGCAAUUAUCACCCCUCGUUCGAGCUGCACGCGAGCAGCGAGCUCAGGAGAAGGCUCGGAAGCAGUAG